AUGGUCCAGGAACCAACAGGCAAUCAGGGUCCAGACUGUGGGUCGGUAUGCAACGAGUCCACAGCUCAGGAGGGCCAAGGGCCCCCGGUGCUGGUCGACGCCUGGCUGGUCCCCACUUUCUUUGGCCUCAUCAUGCUGGUCGGCCUGGUCGGGAACUCGCUGGUCAUCCAUGUGGUUACCAAGCACCAGCAAAUGAAGACCGUCACCAACUUUUACAUAGUAAACCUGGCCACGACUGACCUCUUGUUUCUGGUCUGCUGCGUUCCCUUCACUGCCACCUUGUACCCAUUGCCCAGCUGGAUCUUUGGAGAGUUCAUGUGCCGACUGGUGAACUACCUUCAGCAAGUGACCGCUCAGGCAACAUGCAUCACUCUGUCAGCUAUGAGUGUGGACCGCUGCUACGUGACCGUCUAUCCUCUGCAGUCACUGCGACACCGCACCCCACGCAUGGCUCUGGCCGUCUCUGUGUCUAUCUGGAUAGGCUCUUUGCUUCUGUCGAUUCCAGUAGCUGUGUACCAGCGUCUGGAAGCAGGAUACUGGUUUGGCCCUCAGACGUACUGCAGUGAGGUCUUCCCCUCAGCCUGCCUCCAGAGAGCCUUCAUCAUCUACAGCUUCCUGGCCGUCUACCUGCUGCCACUGCUCACCAUCACAGCCUGUUACGCCUUCAUGCUUAAGCGCAUGGGGCAAGCCAGCGUGAAUCCCAUCGACAGCGGAUACCAACUGCAGGCUCAGGCGGAGCGAGCUGCAGCAGUGCGGGCGCGAGUCUCCCGAAUGGUGGUGGUGAUGGUGGCAUUAUUCCUCAUCUGCUGGGGCCCCAUCCAGAUCUGCAUCCUCCUGCAAGCUUUUGGCUUCCGCAGUUACAUUUUAUACAAGCUGAAGAUCUGGGGUCACUGCAUGUCUUACUCCAACUCCUCCGUCAACCCGCUGGUUUACGCCUUCAUGGGCAAUAACUUCAGAAAGGCCUUCAAGCACGCGUUCCCCGCCAUAUUUCUGUGGCACACAAGGGGGAGAGUCAGGGUGGGAAACAUGGACGCAGAGGAGGACGUUGGAGAGAUGGAUCAUCAGGCACCCAAAGGAGAAGCAGAGAUGCACUUUCUUUCAUCUGGCUCCUAAAGGCCAUGCUGGGCAUUCGGACACUGUGAGCUCAUUGUUUAUUUAUAGAUUGUUCUGGA